UUUCCUUGGGAAGACACGGACAGGUCACCGAAGGAGCCAAAUCAAAAUGGCGAGUCAAGAGGAGUCUAUCAGAGAGUUCGUGGCUGUUACAGAUGUGGACGAGGAGAGAGCCCGCUUCUUCCUGGAGUCCGCGGGCUGGAACCUACAGCUUGCUCUUGCCAGCUUCUUUGAAGAUGGCGCCGACGACGACAUAGUAACUCUUCCCCAACCAGAGGGAGGAUCCUCGGUUUCCAGGUCCGCAGGGCCCAGCAGUCAGCCCAGAGUGACUUCCUUCAGAGACCUGAUGCACGAGGCAGAGGAUGAGAGUGACGAGGAGGAAGGCCAGCGGUUUUUUGCGGGCGGAUCAGAGCGCAGCGGACAGCAGAUCGUGGGACCUCCUAAGAAGAAGAGCUCCAAUGAGGUGGUGGAGGAUCUGUUCAAAGGAGCCAAAGAACAUGGAGCCGUGCCUUUGGACCGCAGCGGGAAAGGACCAGAAACGAGCAGGGCAAAGGCCUUUAUUGGUGGAGGUUAUAGGCUGGGAGCAGCUCCUGAGGAGGAGUCCGCCUAUGUGGCCGGAGAGCGUCGCGCCUCCAGCAGUCAACACGACGUCCACGUGGUUCUGAAGCUGUGGAAGAGCGGCUUUAGUCUGGACGACGGCGAGCUCAGGAACUACAGUGACCCUGGAAACGCAAGCUUCCUGGAAGCCAUCAGAAGAGGGGAGAUCCCUCUGGAGCUCAGGCAGCGUGCUCGGGGGGGCCAGGUCAACCUGGAUAUGGAAGACCACCGAGACGAAGAUUACUUCAAGCCCAAAGUGGCCUUUAAAGCCUUUGAGGGUGAAGGGCAAAAGCUGGGAAGCGCCACUCCAGAACUGGUCACAGUUCCGACCUUGUCCCAGCAGGACCAGGCUGCCAUCGAGGCUCAAGCCAGCGCCUCUGUAAACCUCGACCCCUCCCAGCCCACAACCAACAUCCAGAUCCGUCUGGCUGACGGCGGGAAGCUGGUCCAGAAGUUCAACCACACCCACAGGGUGUCAGACCUCCGGCAGUUUGUGGCGGCGGCCCGGCCCACCAUGGCUGCCAGAGAGUUUGUCCUCAUGACCACCUUUCCUAACAAGGAGCUGUCGGAUGAGAGCCAAACGCUGCAGCAGGCCAACCUCCUCAAUGCCGUCAUCGUCCAGCGGCUAAAGUGAGGCGGUCAAUCAAGCAACCCUGCUCUGCGGCCGCGUGGACCUGCUUAGGACCCAAACAUGAACUUACACACAGACUGCUUCAUUUCUGAUUUUCGUUUUUCUUAAAUGAAACGUAACGUUGAGCGUCCCCGCCUCAUCCCUGUCUGCGCCCAGCGUUGAGGCGUUCAGUGCAACCACAGCGGCAGAAUCCCAGAGGAGCCUGCAAAUGCUGCUAAACUGUGGUUUUAGGAGGAAAUCUGUGCUUAGGGUUUCUCCUUCACAGUCCAGCUCUCUGAGAGUCUCUCUAGCUGUUGAGAUCUUCACUGAACCUGGACCAAGUUCUUCUCCUGUUAAUCCCAAUCUGACCCUGUAGUGAUGCUCAAAGUUUGGUCCUAGGUUUUUUAAAUUCUCCUCAUACACGACAGUUCAAAACAGAUGAAAAUCUUUUCCUCACUCUAACUGAUACCAGUAGCCUUAUUUUCCUUUUCCUCCUCCAGAAUCACCCCCCUUCCCUUUGUGGAAAAGCAGAAGGAAUUAUUUUUUUAAACUGCCUUUUUCUCCUAGUUUUCUCUUUUACAGAUUUGUCCCAGUUAGAUUGCAGCGUUUUCAUACAGCCUGAUGUAAGGGGGAAAGCCAGUCUUAUCAGAUGGACGGCAGAACGGACGUGACCGCUGGUUAUUAUCGUAGAAUUUGAAAACACUGACAUCUUCUAUGCAUCUCGGGGCAACACAGAAAUAUGUUGGGACCUCUGAUUAAAUAAAUCCAUUUUAUGGUUGAUGUAUAACAAA